AUGGUCAGCUCCUGUUGUGGCUCUGUCUGCUCUGAGGAGGGCUGUGGCCAAGGCUGCUGUCAGCCCAGCUGCUGUGUGUCCAGCUGCUGCAGGCCCACCUGCUGUGUGUCCAGCUGCUGCAGACCCAGCUGCUGUCAGUCUGUGUGCUGCCAGCCCACCUGUUGCCGCCCCUGUUGCUGCCGCCCCAGCUGCUGCAUUUCCAGCUGCUGCAGACCUUCCUGCUGCCACCCCUGUUGCUGCCGCCCCACCUGUUGCAUUUCUAGCUGCUGCAGGCCUUCCUGCUGCAGCCCUAGCUGCUGUGUUUCCAGCUGCUGCAGGCCCUCUUGCUGCACCUCCAGCUGCUGCCGCCCCUGCUGUAGCAGUUCCAGCUGUUGUGGAUCCAGCUGCUGCCUCCCCAGCUGCUGCAUUUCCAGCUGCUGCAGGCCUUCCUGCUGCCGCCCCAGCUGCUGCAUUUCUAGCUGCUGCAGGCCUUCCUGCUGCCACACCACCUGUUGCCGCCCCACCUGCUGUGUGUCCAGCUGCUGCAGACCCCAGUGCUGCAUCUCCAGCUGCUGCCGCCCCACCUGUUGCCAGACCUCCUGCUGCCGCCCAGCAUGCUCUAGCUGUUCCUGCUGCUGA